AUGGCCUCCAAAUCCGACACAAGAGUCCGCUCAGCAGCUCUUGCCCGCGAUACCAACGAGACCAGUAUCGUACUUGCCAUCAAUAUCGAUGGCGGGGAGUUCCCCUCAAAUACCGACAGUCGACUCAUCAAGUCGCUGAACGGGGGAAAUGGCCAUGCCACACAAGCUUCCAAAAGCCAGACGAUAGCUAUCAAUUCCGGAAUCGGAUUCCUGGACCAUAUGCUCCAUGCACUGGCGAAGCAUGCAGGUUGGAGUUUGGCGCUCAAUUGCAAAGGCGACCUACACAUUGACGACCACCACACCGCAGAAGAUGUCUGUCUUGCUCUAGGCAGCGCUUUCAAAGAUGCCCUCGGCGCACCUACGGGCCUCGCACGCUUCGGAUCCGCCUACGCCCCCCUCGAUGAAGCCCUCUCCCGCGCCGUCGUCGACCUCUCUAACCGUCCCUACGCUGUCAUCGACCUAGGUCUCAAGCGCGAGAAGAUUGGUGACUUGAGCUGCGAGAUGAUCCCACAUUGUAUGCAGAGUUUUGCGCAAAACGCGCGGGUGACGCUGCAUGUUGACUGUAUACGUGGAGAGAAUGAUCAUCAUAGAGCGGAGAGUGCAUUUAAGGCACUGGCUUUAGCAAUUAGAGCUGCGAUAUCGCGGGUUGCUGGACAAGAGGGUGAGGUGCCUAGUACGAAAGGAACUUUGACGACUUGA